AGUGACGUCAACAUCAGGAAAGGUCACGGGUCGGAGCUCAGUGAUCACCGAGCUUCUGACGAGCUGGAAUGAUUCCCAGCUGCAGCAGCUGACGGAUUUCUACCGGGACAGGCUGGAGCAGGCGAUGGGAAGAGCGGUGCACAGAGUGAGCCUGGCGUUAACGGCCGAGAAUCAGUUCAGUGGAGAGGAACAUGAGAAAAUCUCUGAUCUCGCUGAUAAGGGAGAGCGGGCGGACAGUUGUAAACUCCUCCUGAGCCUGGUGACAGAGAAAGGCUCCCGCGCCCGGAGGGUGAUGUGGGAAACCUUUGUCAAAAUGCAGAUUGGUGUCCCAAAGUUGGAAAAAAUACUGAAAGAAAUUCAGGAACAUGGUUGUGUUCCGGUCCAUCGACCCGUACCGAAGGUUCCCAGUGAGCCGGAAGCACAGCAAAAUCUGACCACAUCUGUCCUCAACAUGGCUGAACGGGUGGGUAGUGGAGGAGCUCCUGAGACGUCAACAUCAGGAGAGGUCACGGCACAGCAAAAUCUGACCACAUCUGUCCUCGACAUGGCUGAACGGGCGAGUAGUGGAGGAGCUCCUGAGACAUCAACAUCAGGAGAGGUCACGGAUCCGAGCUCAGUGAUCACCGAGCUCCUGACAGGCUGGGAUGAUUUCCAGCUGCUGCAGCUGACGGAUUUCUACCGGGACAGGCUGGAGCAGGCGAUGGAAGGAGGGGUGCAUGGAGUGAGCCUGGCGUUAACGGCCGAGAAUCAGUUCAGUGGAGAGGAACAUCGGAAAAUCUCUGAUCUCGCUGAUAAGGGAGAGUGGGCGGACAGUUCUAAACUCCUCCUGAGCCUGGUGAUGGAGAAAGGCUCCCACGCCCGGAGGGUGAUGUGGGAAACCUUUGUGAAAAUGCGGAUUGGUGCCCCAAAGUUAGACGAAAUACUGAAGGAAAUACAGGAACAUGGUUUUGAUCCCUCCCAUCAAUCAAAUCCCGCUGAAGGUUUACUAGAGGUGCCCAGUGAGCUGAAAGAUGUUCAACAGAAACACAAGGAGACUCUGCAGGUACAAACGGAAACACUGAGAGUGAACACGAUCCUGAUGAGGGAGAAGGUGAAGGUUUUCCAGCUGGUUGAUCGAUACGCUGAGCUCACGGUCAUUUCUACUGUUCGAGAUCGGACACUGGUGGAACAUGAGCUGCUGGCAAGAGGCAGAGACCACGAGGAGUGGAGAGAAAAACAUCUCCGUGGAGAGCUGGAAAAAAUCCGGACGGAUCAACUGAUCCAAAGCAGCUUUUCCCAGAGUAAUUCCAAAGCAGGGAGUUCAGCUGCAGUGGCUGGAGUCGCGGGGAUCGGGAAAACAACAAUGGUACAAAAGAUUGUCCAUGACUGGGCCACGGGGAAAAUAUACCAACAAUUCCAGUUUGUCUUUAGUUUCAAAUUCCGAGAUUUAAACUCCAUUAACUGCAGAAAAAACCUGAGAGAACUGAUUCUGGAUCAGUAUCCUUACUUUGGGAAUUUCCUGACAGAGGUCUGGAAGAACCCAGAGGGAUUGCUGUUUAUAUUCGAUGGUUUGGAUGAAUUCAAACACAGAAUCAAUUUUGCAGACAGUCGGAGAGAUACAGAACCCAAGCACCAGUGCCCAGAUCCCGAGUGGUGGUGUGAAGUGUCUGACAUUGUGUACAGUUUAAUCCAGGGCAAGCUGCUCCCAGGGUGUUCAGUGCUGGUGACCACCCGUCCCACUGCGUUACAUUUAUUGGAAAAGGCAGAGAUCAGUAUCUGGGCUGAAAUCCUGGGAUUUUCUGGUGAGGAACGGAAGGAGUAUUUCAUCAGGCAUUUUGAAGAUCAGACGGUGGCAGCAGCUGUUUUCAAACACGUUGAGGAGAACAAGAUCCUGUACACCAUGAGCUACAACCCCUCUUACUGCUGGAUCCUUGCUCUGGCACUGGGCCCCUUCUUCACACAAAGAGUCAGGGACCCACAGCGAGUUCCCAAGACCAUCACCCAACUAUAUUCCUACUAUAUUUACAACAUCCUGAAAAACCACGGCCGUGAGAUUGAGAACCCCCGUGAUGUGUUACUCAGGGUUGGUCAGAUGGCCUUCAGAGGAGUGUCCGAGAAGAAGAUUCUGUUUACAGGUGGAGAUUUGAUCAAGUACAAUUUGCAGCCUUCCCAGUUCCUGUCUGGGUUCCUGAUGGAGCUUUUGGAGAGAGAGGAUUCUGCCCGGAGCGUGGUGUACACAUUCCCACACCUCACCAUCCAAGAGUUUGUAGCUGCGCUCGCUCAGUUCCUGAAUCCACAUCCCGGGGAUAUCCUGAAAUUCCUCACUGAAGCCCAUAGCACGACGGAUGGCCGAUUUGAGAUAUUUCUCCAUUUUGUUGCUGGUCUCUCCUCUCCAAUAACAACUCGGGGCCUGGAGGAGUUUCUGGGUCCAUUUCCUCAUCAAACAACCUGCCGGGUGAUUGACUGGGUGAAGGAGGAGGUUAAACGCCAGAGUGGAAACACGAGUGAGGCUGGUAAAAGGAACCUCCUGAAGACAUUGCACUACCUGUUUGAGUCUCAGAAUUGUGGACUGGCUCAGGCCGCACUGGGGUCUCUGGAAAUACUUUCAUUCUGUAAAGUGACACUGACCCCGAUUGACUGCGUGGUCCUGUCUCAUGUCAUUGGACUCUGUGAUACAAUAAAAUACCUCAACCUGCAGAGAUGCCACAUUCAGUGUGAAGGAAUCCAGCAGCUGGGACCCGGGCUGCACAAGUGCCAGGAGUUGGGCCUUGGGUGGAAUCAGCUGCGAGAUUCAGGAGUGAAACUGGUGUCUGCGGCUCUGAGGAACCCGGAGUGUAAAAUACAGAAACUGGGGCUGUGGGGUGUCGGUCUCACAGAUUCUGGUGCCGAGGAUCUCGUCUCCGCUCUCAGUGCAAACCCAUCACUGACGGUGCUGAGCCUGGGAUUAAACUCGCUGACAGACCGAUCUGUCCCCGCUCUCCGCCGCCUCAUACUGACCCUCCCGAGUCUGGAGCGGAUCGGGCUGGUGGGGAAUCAGUUCAGUGAGACCGGGGAGAAGGAACUGAGAUCUCUGCAGGAACCCAGACCCGGACUGAGAGUGACUGUGUGAACAUCUGAAUGUGUGAACAUCCCCGCCCGCGGGAUGGGGACAUUUUGGCCGAUUCCUCGCCCUCCCCUUUAACUC